UUUCAUCCCUUCACAAUCUUCCAAACAAUAAGAAUUAAUGGAAAGUGAAAUUUUACAACUUUUAUUCACUCCUUAUUGUCAUUUGAUCUGUCUUAGGUAAUAAAAAGGGAAAACACACAGACACACACAAUAUUCUUAUCUGGUCGAUGGGUAUCAAUGUCUCCAUAGUAUCUAAAUAUGUUCUUUGAAACAGCAUAUAACUCUAUCCAAUUUAAGCAGUUGCUCCCAAUUCAUGGCUUUCAUUGAGAUUAAGGUUAAGUUGAACAAGAACGCUCAUGAGUAUUGGCUACUGGGUUUUGUGGAUUUUUCAGAAUGACCAUGAUUCCUUCUCAAAACCUCUUCAGGCAGCGGUUUUGUGGUAAUUAUUGUCAGGGUUUUGGUCUUGUGAGCCCAUCAGAUGGUUUUGAUUAUUGUACUGAAACUUGUUUGUUAGGAUCUGAUCACCAGCUUGAUCCUAUGGCGGAAGAUGAAUCAAGAACUGGGAAUAGUGUAAACGAAACUGCAGGCUCCAGUCUAAAAGAUGUCCAACAAGAUAAAGAUGAAGGCUGGCUGCAAUUAAGUAUUGGUGGCCACACAGUAAGCAAUAAUAAGAAGAAAGAAGAUCAGGUGGAUCAAAGAGGGAGAUUAAUCGAGCUUGAUCUUCUACCAAGUAGUAAUUGUAAUUCUGAUUCGCAAGUGAUGAAGACAGUAGGUCCUAUGCUUAACAUGCCGGAAUAUCCAGCUCCUCAGGCGAUAGUUAUGAAUUUGGCUGUUGGUUCAAGCUAUAACCUCCCAUUUCCCUGGCAACAUCCGGCCGGAACUAGUUCUAAUUUUCCUCGUCAAGGGAUUAACUUGGCGAUUAGGCCUAUUCCAGUUAAUACAGCAACAUCUUUGUCGUCAAUGCCACCCCUUCCAUUCCAACCCCAUACCAGAAUGGAUAUCUCAGGGCCAGGUGUUGACUUCAAAGUCAUUUGUCCUCCUCGGAGACCACAUUCCGGCAUAUGGUUUAUGCUUCAAGCAUCACAAAAUCAAGCAAAAGAGCCGCUUUUGCCUCAGAUAUCCAGGAGCUAUCUAAGAAUCAAGGAUGGAAGGAUGACGAUUCAAUUCGUAAUUAAGUAUCUGGUUACUAAGUUUGGACUCGAAAGCGAAUCAGAGAUAGAGAUAACGUGUAAAAGGCAAAGGCUUCAACCUUUCUUGACGUUGCAGCAUGUUAGGGACAACAUAUGGAGACCAAUGGAGUUGGUGACUUUGCUUCCAGAUUCCUCAACUACUGAUCACAUAAUGGUGCUACACUAUGGAAGAAAAAGUACUUAAUUAAUUUAAUUAUUUACUUUCGUAUGAUGUUUACUUAUUUUUUUUUCACAUCUAACCUUUUUAUGGUCAAUUAAAUUAUAAUUCCGUAAUGAUCUUUAAGAAAACAUAUACUUCAUAUAA